CCGUCUGAGGCGGCAUUCGUCGGUCGAAUUCGAGCCCGCCGGGCGCGGCCUCCGUCGCCGACAGACGUCCAGCGACGAUAUAAACCAUGGGCAUCGGCCUCGACAACAUCCUGAGCGACAAGGGCCACUUUAGCGACUUCGUGUGCCCGAUCUGCCAGGAGGUCGCCGAGGGCGCGACGAUCCUGGGCUGCUCCCACGUCUUCUGCGCCUUCUGCAUCGGCGAGUUCCAGGAGCGCCAGCUGAAGCAGGGCGUCGCGGCGGCCUGCCCCGUCUGCCGCCAGGGCGACGUCGCGGGCGCGAGACCGCUCGCGGAGGCGAACCCGCUCGCGGGCCGCAUCUACAACCGCGUCCAGUGCCGCUGCCCGCUCGCGGACCAGGGCUGCGCCUGGACGGGCGAUCUCAUCAACCUCCAGGGCCACCUCACGAACUCGAGCGAGCACCUCGACCUCAAGGCCGCGGCCGGCGCGGCGACGCCGGACGCGUCCGGCUUCGUCGCGCGCUGGGUCGGAGGCGCGGAGAAGCCGCCCGCGGAAGAGACGGCGGAGGCCGCGGCGGCGCGGCUCCAGCGCACGGCCGACGCCCUGAAGGAGCAGGCGGACCAGAAGUACCAGAUCAAGGCCUACGGCGCGGCGAGCGAGAUCUACGGCAAGGCCAUCGCCGUCUGCCCCGACGUCGCGGCGUACCGGUCGAACCGGGGCGCCUGCCACUUCAUGGUCGGCGCCUACGAGGCCUGCGUCCAGGACUGCGACGCCGCGCUCGCGCGCGACGCGACCCUCGUGUCCGCCGCGUGCCGGCGCGCGCGCGCGUGCGUCGAGCUCGGCUUGACGGACGAGGCGCGGUCGGGCCUCGAGGCGGCCAAGGCCGCCGCGAGCGAGGCCUGCGCGGCGCGCGGCGGCGGCGCGGCGCUCGUCGCCGCGCUCAAGAAGCUCGACGGCGAGCUCGAGCGCGUCGCGGCCGUCGCCGCGGCCGUCAAGGCCGGCCGCGACGCGUUCGGGGCCGGGGACGUCGUCCGCGCGGCCGCGUCCUUCGGCGGCGCGCUGAAGGACACGGAGAGCGCCUGCAUCGUGUUGGGCGCGGCGACGGCGGAGCUGGGGUUAGGAAGGGUGGACCGGUGCCUGCGGCUCACGCUCCAGGUGCUCCGGCGGAGCGACGCGGCGCGGUGGCGGCCCGCGGCGCUCAUCGUCCGCGGCGCGGCGAUGGUGCUGAGCGACCAGGGGGAGGGGGGGAUCGCCCUGCUGCGCGAGGCGCUGCGCCUCGACCCCGACGGCGCGGACGCGAAGAAGACGACGAAGGCGGCGCUGCGGCUCGGCCGGCGCCGCGACGCCGCGAAGGCGCUCAUGAACAAGCGCGCGUUCGACGACGCCGCGGCGGCCUACGGCGAGUUGCUGGACGAAGAUUUAGGCCAGGCCUUCCUCGAGAAGCGCCAGUCCAUGGACGCGGCGUCCUUCCCGGAUCUGGCGGCGCUGGCGCCCGUGUCGCCCCUCGCGGCCGUCGCGCGGGCGGAGCGCGCGAACUGCCACCUCCGCCGCGGCGAGCCCGUCGCGGCGGUGUCGGACUGCGCGACGGCCAUCUACAUCAAGGACGAUCUGGUGGACGCCCACGUGACGCGGGCGACGGCCCUCGGCGCCCUGGGCAAGCACGACGACGCCUGCGGCCACCUCCGGGACGUCGUCGAGCGCUGGGGCGGCCGCGACGUCCGGCUGCAGCACGCGUACGAGCAGGCGGACUUCGAGCGGCGCAAGAAGCUGCGGCCCGACUACUACGCCAUGCUCGACUGCCGCAAGGUGAGCUCGGAGCGCGAGAUCAAGGGCGCCUACUGGAAGCAGAGUUUGGCGCACCACCCGGACAAGCACGCGGCGGCCGCGCCGGACGUCCGGGCGCGCCACGAGGCCCAGUUCAAGGCCCUCGGCGAGGCUUUGGAGGUGCUGUCGGACCCCAUGAAGCGCGACCUCUACGACAAGGGCUACGACAAGGAGGCCAUCGCGAAGAAGCUCGAGGCCGCGAACCGCGCGGCGAACAACGCGGGCGGCUGCUGCGGCGGCGGCGGCUGCGGCUCCGGGGGCUGCGGCUGAAUAGGGCGCCUCACUAACUGUAUAUGUCC